AUGAGAUUCAACUAUCUAAGUUUCCUUAUAGCCUCACCAGCCUCGAUCCUUUCUGUGGUCAGAGCUACGCCCACCACCGCGGCCUUACCAAACACUGCCACCGUCAAUCUCAAUAAUAGUAUUGGCGCCACUAAGUUUCUCGCUUCUGGUUUCAUUUACGGAUUUCCAGAUAAUGGGACAAAUGCACAAACAUCUAUUCCUGAUUAUUUGAUCAAGGAUAUCAAGUUCGGAGCUACUCGUGCAGGAGGAGCGCAGAUCUCCGCGCCAGGAUGGGCAUCCGGUGGUUAUGAGGGUGGUUACCAGAAGCGAUUCGAAUCAGCCUUGUCGAACUACAGGUCUGCGCGGAAAUACGGCGGGGCUUUCAUUCUACUGCCACAUGAUCUUUGGGGUGCCCAAGGAGGCGGGGCCCCGCAGUUCCCUGGAGACGAUGGGAACUGGUCCGAGAUGGAAAAAUUCUGGAACCAGGUCAUUGCGGAUGUGAAGGACAACGAUAUGCUGGACGGGCUUGUUAUUGAUAUCUGGAAUGAACCGGACGGCUCUGGAUUUUGGGCGAGAUCUUGGGCGCAAUAUGUCGAGUACUAUGUUCGCACAACGAAAUUGAUCAGAGCCGCACUUCCAGACGUUCUCAUCAGUGGUCCGUCUACAGCACAUUCCCCAUCGCUAGACAGCGAGAAUUGGAAAGCGUGGAUGUCGGCUGUAGCUGGGAACCAGACAGUCCCCGAUAUCUACUCAUGGCAUCAGAUUGGCGAGUGGGAACGAGAACCAGACUCGACCGUGCCAGACUUCAACAAAUUACGAGCAGAUUACGGCCUACCCGAGAAACCCAUCGACGUGAAUGAGUACGGCUGGAACACCGAGCAGAAUCCCGCCAAUUCCGUUUACUACAUUUCGCAACUGGAACGCCACAACAUCCGCGGGCUCCGAUCAAACUGGGCAUCAGGUAGCGAUCUACACGAUUACAUGGGAAACCUAGUCGCGAAAAAGAAUGGACAAUACGUCCCCAACGGCGACUGGCAGCUGUACAAGUACUACGCAGAAAUGGUCGGAGAAAGGCUGGAAACCAUAGCAGCCAGUGAUCCGCAGUUCGACGUCUUUGCGGUGAGGGAGAGGUUAGUUCUAAAAGUCAUCGCGGGGACAAGGUCUUUGCAGCGCAACGGCACCAUCACCAUCACGGGUCUCGAAAGCCUGGGCUUCGCCAGCUCCGACCUCAUCGGCGUCCGCAGGUACCGCUUUGAUUGGAAUGGCCCGCAGGCCGAGGUUGGAAAGCCUGUGGAUUUGGCCUUCAUUACGUACAGGUUCACUGAGGGAACGAUCAAUAUACCAUUCGCACCUCCAACCAACACUACGGCAUUCUCUUAUGAGAUUGCGCUCCGUAGAUCGUAA